AUGAAGAUGGAAAACAACCUUAUCCCGAAUGAUCUUCCUCUGGAAAACAGUCCUACAUCUCGUGAAGCACUUAUGAAGAGGGUAACGAAACGACUACUUCGUUACGCACUUAAAAGGACUGGCACCAAGUUGAUCCUCAUUCUUGGGCAUUUACGAUCCGGAAAAUCAAGUCUUUUUGAAUCCCUGACCGGUGCAACUGGUCAUUCAAAAAAGGGCAUUGACUCAGUGACCAAAGAGUACCAAAUUGGCGCCGCGAAUAUCAACGGGAAGCUCUACUUAUUUGUCGAUACCCCGGGGCUUAAAGACCCCAGCAUCUCCAAUGCUGAUAUUCUUCGUGAGAUUGCAAAGUUACUUGAUACGACCAAGGACUCCGUGACAUACGCCGGUGUUCUAUAUGUACACCCGGCUACUUUGCAAUUCUCGGACGAAGCAAAGAAGAGCCUCCUUUUUCUGAACGCAUUCUGUGGUCCGUCAUAUUCUCCUUCCAUUACUUUCGUUACCACCAUGUGGGACCGCAUUAGCCCCGAUGAGAUAGAGGAACAAGAUGAGCUGGUGAACGAGAUGGCAAGAGCGAAAUGGUCAUCGUUCCUGGACAGGGGAGCGAACUUGUAUCACCAUGGCAGAGCCUAUGAAGGGGACACGGCAACACUUGAAGUCCUCAGUCUCAGAAAAAAGCCAGAGGUUCGGCAAAAAUACGCGAGAGAAGCUAUUUCACGAUUAUAUCCACUGGACAAAAACCAUGCCGCGCCUCUAAUUAUUCAAGAGCUGAGAGUGAACACUCUACUGGAGGAUACAACAGCUGGAAAGCUUCUUGGUAUGAUUGGUCUGCAGAUUCCGACCGACGAUGCCCAGCAAAAUGAUACCUCCCAAAACCCUGUGCAACAGAGUCGCCCAGAAGGGUUUGAUUGGUUCCAUGCGAUAGUUGCUGCAAUCAAAUUUCCAUUGGACCAAAUUACUGCCUUUCUGGCGGCUCUUUGGAAUCUUGUCGCUGCACUCAAAUCUGCCAUAUUAGCUUUGAUGCCUUCAUCAACAAUCACAGUAUCGGUCCCUCGCUUUACAGGGUAUAGUGUGGAAGUCUUGUUCACACUACCUGGAGGGCUGAGAUUCAUUGUUGGAUAUGGACUUCGAGGUCCCUAUCUAAGACCAUGGUCUUCUCAAGCGGCUAAUUUUGCGUCGGAAAUUGACUCUGAAGAUGACAAUGUAGAUGGGCCAGAUAUGCCUGUCAGUAUAACGUUGGAUCCUGAGGUUACAGAACAGGAAGAGACGUUCGGGAUGGACGGACCUGAUGUGCGCCCUGAAUAUCUGGCUGUUAGCACAGCAUUUGAGCGAGUUCUCUCUGUACAGGAAGGUUAUUUGCCAGCUAAUCAGGAGAAUCAUGUUCAGACGGACACUGAAGAAAGCGACUCGUGGUGGUGGGAACGGUGUGCCAUGAUGUGA